ACCCUAGCAAACAGUGUGCGAUCGUCUUUGUAUUUAAGAGUUCCGAAGUAUUUUCGGAGACGCGCACACAAAGAGAGAGAGAGAGAGAAAGAGGUUUAGAGAGAGAGCGGGAGAGAUCUAGAGAGAUUGAGAAGCUCUUGUUUUUGUAUUAAUGGAUCGGUUGAAGGCAAUUUCUCCUGCAUGCACACCCGCAAGUCUCGCUUUUCACGCACCUCAGAGAGAUUCAUUGCUGCAUCAUGACAAAGUAUUCUGCCCAAGGAAGAAGUUCUCAUUCCCUGAGGUAUUGGCAGCCAGACCGCGCGAGUUCAAUGGCCAUUCUGUUGCAACUAUGAGUACCAAUUCUUAUAACAAUCACGUUACUCAAGCAGUGUUGCAGAGUGGCAGAGAGAUUGAAUUUUUUGAAGCUAUAAAGAAUGGAGGGUUUCGUGGUAAAUUGAAUAAGGUCGUUUUAGCCUACAGCGGUGGCUUAGACACAUCAGUCAUUGUCCCAUGGCUGAGGGAGAACUAUGGUUGUGAUGUUGUUUGCUUCACUGCUGAUGUUGGUCAGGGUAUAAAGGAAUUGGAAGGCUUGGAAAAGAAGGCUAAGGCCAGUGGGGCUUCGCAGUUAGUGGUUAAGGACUUAAAGGAGGAAUUUGUACGAGACUAUAUAUUUCCUUGUUUGAGAGCUGGUGCAGUGUAUGAGAGGAAAUAUUUGCUAGGAACCUCGAUGUCCCGCCCUGUUAUUGCAAAGGCCAUGGUUGAUGUCGCCAAUGAAGUUGGAGCUGAUGCAGUCUCUCAUGGAUGCACAGGAAAAGGAAACGAUCAGGUUCGCUUUGAGCUCACGUUCUUUGCUCUGAAUCCCAAGUUAAAUGUCGUGGCUCCUUGGAGGGAAUGGGAUAUUAGAGGGAGAGAAGAUGCCAUUGAGUAUGCUAAGAAGCAUAAUGUGCCUGUGUCGGUAACAAAGAAGUCCAUAUACAGCAGGGACAGGAACUUAUGGCACCUUAGCCAUGAGGGUGACAUUCUGGAAGACCCAACAAACGAGCCUAGGAAGGAUAUGUACAUGUUGACUGUGGACCCAGAAGAUGCACCUAAUGUACCUGAAUAUGUUGAAAUUGGAAUAGAGGCAGGUCUUCCUGUUUCAGUCAAUAGGAAGAGGCUUUCACCUGCAUCUUUACUCGCUGAACUCAAUGAGAUUGGUGGGAGGCAUGGAAUUGGCAGAGUUGACAUUGUUGAAAAUCGACUCGUUGGUAUGAAAAGCCGUGGAGUCUAUGAAACUCCUGGUGGGACAAUCCUUUUCGCUGCUGUACGAGAGUUGGAGUCUUUGACAAUUGAUCGUGAAAGCAUGCAAGUUAAAGAUACACUAGCCCUCAAAUAUGCAGAGCUAGUGUAUGCAGGCAGGUGGUUUGACCCACUCCGAAAGUCAAUGGAUUCAUUCAUGGAGAAGAUCACCAAGUCUACAACAGGCUCAGUUAGGCUCAAGCUGUAUAAAGGUUCGGUCAUGGUAACAGGCCGGAAGAGCCCUUAUAGUCUGUACCGGAAAGAUAUAUCAUCUUUUGAGGACAGCCUGCUCUAUGAUCAGGCUGAUGCUGCUGGGUUUAUACGGCUGUACGGUCUUCCAACAAGGGUUCGAUCGAUGCUUAAGCGGGGUAUCUAAGAUGUCUGUCCUCUUCUGUUGUCAUUCUGAUCAAUAAUCAACUUCAGUUGAUUUUCAAUCACUAGUAGUUGCUGAGGAAUUGUGAUCUAUUUGUAGGUUCAUUUUGUGACAUGUUUUAGUUCUUCCAAUGCCUUGAUUCUAUGUCAUGUCUUGAUUCUUGGACCUGAGCAAGUAAUCUUUUGAUCAUUGUGAUUUAUGUUCGAAGAAAUUUAUGUUUGUAAUGUAUAUGUCACUAGAUUAAAAUCCAAA